GCCGUAUAAUUCGUAAUUAAUAAAUUUGUUAAUCGCAAUUCUGGAUGCACCUGGCGAGGCGGAUAUGAUCGCCGUCGCAGAACCGCCGUUGGAGUUUGUGCCGCGCGGCCGUCAGUCCGCCGCAGAGCACCCCGGUCCGCACGACCAGCCGUUGGCUCGCCACCAGCUGCCCACCACGGAGCACUUGUUGUUGCAGCGCCUCCAGAAUGUGAACAUCUCGUCGGCUGGUGAGGAUUGCCCUGCCGGAGCCCAGGAGUCGUGGACUAUUCGAGAAAUGUACGACGACUACGAGGCUUCUGAAGAUCGCGCUGCCCGGCGGCGCCAACUAAUCGAGCAGACCAAACGAUGUGGUCCCAAUGCCGCGGCGGCCACUCAACUCACCUCGCUGCCUCAUAGUUUGCUGCAUCCGCCGUUAGAACGACGCGAGGAGCCUAUGUGCGACUAUAUGGUGAACAAUGAAGAGGAGUUGUAUGUUCACAGGAACACGGUCGUCUGGACACAGGGCUUUAACGACGAUGACGACCAUGACAGCGGAGUGUACCGGCGCAUGUGCUUUACCAGCGAUUCACCGGUGCGCUUUGCGUGCUUCCUCAACCGGAGCUUUGUGCGCGGACGUCUUGCACAACUCAAGGCGGCUGUCCAGUCGCAGGAUGACAAGUUGACUGCUAUCUGUGUGAUGGAUCAGGACGCUUUGCGGGUCUACUGCAAUGACGGCGAGGACUUUCUGGCCAAUCUGGACUUUCCCGUGUCGCAGGUCUGGCAGACCAAACAUGGGCUGUUGUUGGAGAAGGAUUCUAGCAAUGCCCUAAUAUCGCACCUUUCUAUUCCGAUGCCGCGACUCUUUUCCAUUUCGCAUCCGUUGCACGAAGCCUGUCCCGUUGUUUUGAAAACGGCCACCAACUCCACGGGCUACAUGACCGAGCCGGAGUACAGUGUGGUCUUUACCACCGAAGAUUCAGAUUUGGUGCUGCUCUACGACGCGAAGUUCUUUAAGCAUUUCGUUGCCCGCCUAAGGAAGGUCACGCCUGAGGAAGUCAACUAUGUGGGUCAACAGCAGGAGCUGGGACAGACGCUGCUGGGCGCCAGGUCGCAAGCGGCAGGAAAUAGCUUCAAUUCCACCAAGCAAACUGGAGCGACGCCGAAAGCUUCGAAUGUCUCGUUUCUGAGCAGGAAUAAUACAACCACCGGCAUGGGCAACCUCUCCAAAUUUGGACUCAGCCAGUCGCAGUCAUUCAGUGGAGUUCUUGGACAGUCCAAUCGCGCUUCCUUGGGUACUCCACUAAGUCAACUGCAGAGUAACAUCAGCCAGCAGUCCAUGUCUGUAAAGGAUAUGCGCAACAUGACGCACGUAAAGCCAGCGAAGCCCAUUGAACCAGAAAUGUGUCUCGAGCACAUCUGGACAGAGAAUACCUAUGGAACCCAACGGGAGUUCUGCGAGAUGGCUACCCGAGCAUUUAUCCACACGGAUUUGGUGGGUCAGACCUUUCUUUGCUACUUACUAGCUCGCUCCUGCCGCCUUCAGUUGGUCCGCCUCACUGGCUACGGCAGCAGCAAGGUGCAGCUAUCCACACUUGCAUCCACGCUGGCCGCCAAGGAUGCAGUAGGUCUCAAUAGAAUGCACAUGAUUGCUGUCCUUGAUCCGAGUGGCAGUUUAAUCCUAUACACUGGUACUGUACUCAUUUCGAAGGUGCACAUUACGCCGUUGUUGGCUCCAAGUUCCAUUCCUUCGCCGUUGGUAACACCCAUGGCUGCUGGGCCACCUUCAACUUUAAAAACACCAUCUGCAGGCGACAAUCCUUCAGGGAGCAGUUCCUUUAUGGUGCGAAGAAGCAGCCUUUUGCCUACAAAAGAUCCCGGCGAUUUAGCUGCUUUCGAUGAUGAGCUGCACAUGUUAUCGCCCAUCCAACCGCAGCCGGUUUCCUAUACGCAAAGGCAGGCACAUAAUGUCUGCAAAUCCCUGAGAGAUCCAGCGGGAAAUAGGUUGACUUUAGUUUAUGCCACGGGCAGGAUGCUGAGAAUAGCGCUACCUCUUUUGAACGAUACACGAUUGCUCACCAGAUGUAUAGCUACUUUGCGACAGGUUCUUAGUCCCGGCCAGUUUUUACAUUUUGUAAUUCGUUGGUACAGUGCUAGGAAUCCACCGGGAUCUAGGGACUAUCCCAUAGAGCAGGAAUGGCUGCUUUUCCGAAGCACUCUGUUGGCCCUAAUGGGUCUGACUGCAGCGCCGGAUGUGGAGACCGGCGAGAGCUAUGGAAGAUGUGCCACGCCACCGCUGCAUACACAGUUCGGAGGGGCUACUACAGCGGGAUCGGGUGACGGAUCCAAUUGCAGUUCUAAUUCCACGCUAGGCGCUCAGGAUGAGCCGAAAAAGCGGCGAAAAUACAAUGAUUGUGAAGAUUUCACGGACGACGACUGGGAAUUCCUUCUGCUCCAGACAACACUGGCACCCUGUGGAGCCGAUGGCCAUAGCUACAGUGUGAACAUUAGUGCGCCGCUUUUCCAAAUGAUCCCUGCCAUCUUUUUCAGUCUGCAUUUACUUUAUGAGGAUCUCAAACUGGACGCUGUAUUUUAUGCAGCGCUUCCCUAUCUGGCAACGUUCCUACACCAGCUAGCCAUUGAUAUGCAAUUGGACAGCUACGUGCUGCACUAUAUCCUGGACUUUCCAGAACUAUCCAACCGUACAGGGAGGCUAUCGUUGCUGGGAUCAGAGCACGGAGCAAUGAUGCUACACCAGGAGCUUCUAAGGGUUCCGGCUCCUAAUGUCUUUGCCCAAUUGGAACAUAUUAUAGUCGGAGAGGAGGAGGUCAUGCCUUACAGCUUUAUGGAGUGUGUGAAUGAGAGAAGUCGCAAUUUACUACAACUCGUAUCCCUGGUGGUUCAUGGACAAGAGCGUCUUAAACACUGGUGGCAGCUCCUUGAGAUCCCAGAAGCUGUUCAGGCCAACUAUCCGCGGCGGGCCAAGCGGAGUAUUACGGCGGAUGCUCCACGUUGUCAUCAAAUGCUUGAGUUAAUCCUGGCAAUGCGAUUGACGAGGCGAGACAUCGAAAGAUUUCCGGCGGCAGUGCAUUUGAUCGUAGCGGAGGCUCUAGAGGAGGCUCGUCUUUCUCCACCCAUGGGCUGUAGUAUGGCCACUUAUGAACUUAUCCUGCGCCCGGAACUAGCGGCUCAUGCGCAGUUGCCGUUCUUGGAAACAAGCAGUGGGCAACCGCAUUGCGGCAGGGUUUAUAAAGAAGACUCCCUGUCUAGUAGGUGUCCCCCGACAGGAGGAACAGAACCUGACACGCCUGAACAAUUGCGGCACGACGAUAUGGAUAACAUGGAUACGAAAUUGCUACGCUUACGUUUUCCCGAUGACAUGCGUGUGGAGGAAGUGCGACGUCUGCUCAACAGCUCAGAACCAGUGGUAAUCGAAGUGCAGCAGGCGCCGGGAACCAGCGAUCACGAGUUUAUAGAGGAGCAGGAAAAACAACUGUUUGCUUUAUGUGCACGGACAAUGACUUUACCUCUGGGAAGAGGCAUGUUCACCCUGAGAACGAUGAUGCCCAGACCCAGCGAUAGCUUAUCUAUGCCGAAAUUGUGCCUGGUGGGCAGAGAGCCCCUAAAGGGUACGACCAUAGAAAUGCAGCAAAUCGAGUUCCCUGCGAAUAUGCAAAUGUGGCCAUCGUUUCACAAUGGCGUGGCCACGGGCCUGAAGAUCUCACCGCAGGCUAAGGACAUAGACUCCAAUUGGAUUGUAUACAAUAAGCCGAAAACCCAAGCAAACAAUGCCUUGGAGCACGCUGGUUUUCUCAUGGCGUUGGGCUUGAAUGGUCAUCUAAAAACCCUGUCUUUUAUGAGUGUAUAUAAGUAUUUGGUUAAGUGCGAUGAGAUGACUAAUGUGGGCCUACUGCUGGGUAUUUCAGCAGCACAUCGUGGUACCAUGGAUACGAAAACCACAAAAUUGUUAAGCGUUCAUUUGGAGGCAUUGCUUCCAGCCACCGCCAUGGAGUUGGAUAUACCGCAAAGCACACAAGUAGCUGCUCUAAUGGGUAUUGGAUUGCUGUAUCAAGGAUCAGCAAAGCGGCACAUAGCCGAAGUGCUGCUCCAAGAGAUUGGCAGGCCUCCAGGUCCUGAGAUGGAAAACAGCGUGGAGCGCGAAUCGUAUGCGAUGACAGCUGGUUUAUCACUCGGUUUGGUUACCCUGGGUCAAGGGGAAUCGCCAGCGGGACUAAGGGAUCUUCAACUACCUGAUACGCUUCACUACUACAUGGUGGGUGGAGUAAAACGACCCAUCAGUGGCUCCCAGAAGGAGAAGUAUCGACUAGCUUCGUUUAAAGUUCGAGAAGGCGAUAGCGUCAACAUAGAUGUCACCGCUCCGGGCGCAACUCUCGCUCUGGGUCUUAUGUUCUUUAACUCCGGUAAUGCAGCGAUUGCUGAGUGGAUGCAGCCGCCGGACUCGCGUUAUCUUCUGGAUAUGGUGCGGCCUGAUUUCCUUCUGCUACGCACCAUAGCCAGGGGCCUCAUCUUAUGGCAGGAUAUUCGGCCGGACAACGAGUGGUUCCAAGCACAGUUUCCGGAAACUCUGCGAGUUUACUUGAGACUUCAGUUGAACGAAGAGGAGUCGAAUUCAGAUGACGAUUAUGUAGACUACGAGGCCAUCACGCAAGCCUACUGCAAUAUCAUGGCUGGAGCAGCUUUUUGCAUUGGCCUUAAGUACGCAGGCACAGAAGACAUGGUGGCCUUCGCAACGCUGCGGGCCGUGAUCAAGGAGUUUCUAGGUUUUCCCAGUACGCCUAUGGGCGAAUGUGCCGGCCGCACCACAGUGGAGAGUUGCCUGAUGGUGCUACUUAUUUCGAUCUCCUUGGUAUUCGCUGGCUCUGGAAACUGUGAAAUUCUUCGCAUUAUUCGAUAUCUCAGAUCACGAGUGGGACCACAGUAUCCGCACAUAACAUACGGCUCACACAUGGCCAUUCACAUGUCUCUGGGCCUUUUAUUUCUCGGAGCGGGUCGCUUUACUAUUGCCAAGACACCGGAGUCCAUUGCUGCGCUAGUUUGUGCCUUCUUCCCCAAGUUUCCGAUACACAGCAACGACAAUCGUUACCAUCUCCAAGCGCUUAGACAUCUAUAUGUCCUGGCUGUUGAGCCUCGCCUGUUCCUUCCCCGGGAUAUUGAUACAAAUCAGCUGUGUCUGGCCAAUAUAUCCGUAUUGGAGGUGGGUGCCACCGAGUUGCGUCGCCUACCUAUCGCUCCCUGCAUUCUACCAGUAUUGAGCAGCCUCCAACAGGUGGUUGUGGAUGAUGAGAACUAUUGGCCAGUUUGUUUUGAACGUUCCCGCAACUGGCAUCAGUUGGAGAAGGCCCUGGAGAGGAGUGCACCAAUUGAUAUAAAGAAGAGAACGGGAUGCCUCUCCCACUUGGAGGAUCCAGACAGGCUGAAGAGCAUGCUGGCACAGACUUUGACGAUGGAACAGAGCAUCUGUUGGCAGAUUGACAUUAACGAUCUGCAGCAGUUCGCUAGCGAACGGAUGGUGAAGCAGUUCUUGAGUCGCUGCCUGACCACCAAGGGCACGAAUUUAAGUUACCCGGAGCUCGUGAAGCGCCACCAGAUGAUGCUGCUCUUUUACAAUGCAGUGGUUAAAGAUCGGAUGCAUUUGUUACCAGUUUACCUUACGCUUUACGAUCACGUGACAAAGUCAAUGCUGAACAACAUCGAUGUGUGGCAGCUAAAACUUAUCGAUGCCUAUUUGAAUCGCAGUGAGGAGUCGGAGCAUCCACUCAUCUCCGUUGAGCUCAUCCAAAUGAUGCAGGAACUCUUUAAGCAGGAAAUGGAGGACUCAACAUGCGAGUUAUGUCUGCCGCUACGUGAGUUUCUCAGCCAAAAACGACUGGAUCCCAGCUAUGUGACCACCGUCAGUGGACCUGAUUUGCAGCGAGCCUUUUGCGUGAUCAAUUACUAUAACCUGUUGCCGAAUAUGUUAAAUGGCGUGGAUUUGAAUACGGGCACGAUCAACUAUAUGCGCAUACUGUAUGAAUUCCGGCAACUGAAUCUCGGCGCGCACACCAUUUUUGGACUACUGAAAAUCCUCCAGUCACUGGCUACCGAAGUGGUGACCCUUGAUGAGGCAGGCCUUUUGCCCUACACCAUGGCCGCCUAAAAAACCACAAAAUACUUUCUUUUUGCUAAGCCUGGAAUAUAUUUUGCGAUCUGUCUGAAUUGCGGAUUAUUAUGCGCUUGAUAUCCAUUGUACAUUAGUUUUUAAAAGGUUGGUCCUGAUGUUUUCUGUGCCACCUCUCAAAACCAUCAUAACUUUGCAUUAAAGUUUCCCCACUGUUCCUUUUUA